AUGGAGGUUCUCCAUGUCCUGAGCCCUGCCACAUGAAGGUUGCCCCCACUGGUGGUGCUGACCAGGGUCCACAUGCCCAGCUGCUCGGCCACCGAGGCGGGGGGGACCCGGGCCGCGCUCUGCAGAAUAUCCGGUAGAUGGUGCGGUUGCGAUUGUGCGCAGUGAGCGCUGGGUGUCAGCUGUGCAUCACCCACAGACUGCCUGCGAGCAGGGGGAAGAGGAGGAGACCGACCACCCAUCCCCCCGCCAGAGCGCCACGGCCCGGGGACACCACCGGAACCGGGGAAGGAGGGGCCCGCUGCUCAGCUCAUGAGAUCAGUUAUCCGGGUCUGUAGCGGACUGGAAGGAGGAUGUUAAGCGCGGAGAGCCUGGACCGGGCGGACCUGUGUGAGAGUCUGUUGACGUGGAUACAGACGUUUCAUGUAGAUGCACCGUGUAAAACCGUAGAAGACCUUACCAGUGGGGUGGCAAUGGCCAUGGUCCUUCAGAAAAUCGACCCUGCGUACUUUGAUGAGAACUGGUUGAACAGGAUUAAGACUGAUGUGGGAGACAACUGGAGGCUGAAGAUUAGUAAUCUGAAGAAGAUUUUAAAGGGUAUUUUGGACUACAAUCAUGAGAUUUUGGGACAUCAGAUAAAUGAUUUUACGCUUCCAGAUGUCACUUUGGUUGGAGAACACUCCGAUGCAUCUGAACUAGGAAGAAUGCUCCAACUUAUUUUAGGCUGUGCUGUAAAAUGCGAACAAAAGCAAGAGUACAUCCAGACCAUUAUGAUGAUGGAGGAGUCCGUACAACAUGUAGUGAUGACUGCCAUCCAGGAGCUUAUGAGCAAGGAAACUCCAGUCUCUAUUGGAACAGAUGCCUUUGCUGAACUUGACAAACAGCUAAAGAAAACGACGGAAGAACUGAAUGAAGCAUUGGCAGCGAAAGAGGAAAUUGCCCAGAGGUGUCACGAACUUGACAUGCAGGCAUACUCUAUCCAAGAGGAACGAGAUAAGCUGAGAUAUGAAUGUAAUGAGCUAGAAGAAAGGGUUGCGGCACUCCAAGAAGAGAAGAGCAGUUUACUCGCUGAAAACCAGGUUCUUGGAGAACGCUUAAACCAAUCUGAUUCCUUAGAAGAUCCGAACAGCCCAGCUGGAAGAAGGCACUUACAACUUCAGACCCAGCUGGAGCAGCUACAAGAAGAAACCUUUAGACUUGAAGCAUCCAAAGAUGAUUACAGAAUACGCUGUGAAGAGCUAGAGAAGGAGAUCACAGAACUGAGGCAGCAAAAUGAGGACCUAACAACACUAGCUGAUGAAGCACAGUCGUUGAAAGAUGAAAUGGAUGUGCUAAGGCAUUCCUCGGAUAAAGUAGCAAAGUUAGAGAGUCAGGUGGAAUCUUACAAGAAAAAGCUAGAAGAUCUGGGAGAUCUACGAAGACAAGUGAAACUGCUGGAAGAAAAAAACACUAUGUACAUGCAGAAUACAGUCGGCUUGGAAGAGGAGCUCCGGAAAGCCAAUGCUGCUCGGAGUCAGCUGGAGACCUACAAGAGACAGGUUGUGGAGCUUCAGAAUAGACUGUCAGAAGAAUCUAAAAAAGCUGACAAAUUGGACUUUGAGUACAAGAGGUUAAAAGAAAAAAUUGACAGUUUACAAAAAGAGAAGGAUAGGCUGAGAUCGGAAAGAGAUUCUUUGAAGGAAACAAUUGAAGAGCUAAGAUGUGUGCAGGCUCAGGAAGGUCAGCUUACUACAUCAGGGCUAAUAUCAUUUAGUAGCCAGGAGUCGGGAGACAGCUUAGCAGCAGAAAUUAUCACUCCUGAAAUAAAGGAGAAACUGAUUCGCCUUCAGCAUGAAAAUAAGAUGUUAAAAAUUAAUCAAGAAGGAUCAGACAAUGAAAAAAUCACUCUGUUACAGAGCUUGCUUGAUGAUGCAAACACGCGGAAAAAUGAGCUGGAGACGGAGAACAGACUUGUAAACCAGAGACUUAUCGAAGUACAGUCACAAGUGGAAGAAUUGCAGAAGUCCUUACAAGAACAAGGAGCAAAAGCAGAAGAUUCCCUUCUCUUAAAGAAGAAACUCGAAGAACAUUUAGAGAAGCUUCACGAGGCUAACAAUGAAUUGCAGAAAAAACGUGCAAUCAUUGAAGAUUUGGAGCCACGGUACAAUAAUAGCUCAAUGAAAAUUGAAGAAUUGCAAGAAGCAUUACGGAAGAAAGAAGAUGAAAUGAAACAAAUGGAAGAACGCUACAAAAAAUAUCUAGAAAAAGCAAAAAGCGUUAUUCGCACCUUGGAUCCAAAACAGAAUCAGGGAACGGGGCCAGAGAUCCAAGCUUUAAAAAAUCAAAUUCAAGAAAAGGAUAAAAUGUUCCAUUCUUUAGAGAAAGAGUAUGAAAAAACAAAGACACAGAGAGAGCAAGAAGAAAAGCUGAUUGUUAGUGCAUGGUAUAAUAUGGGUAUGACUUUACAUAAAAAAGCUGCAGAAGACAGACUGGCAAGUACAGGUUCGGGACAGUCAUUCCUUGCCAGACAGAGACAAGCUACGAGUUCCAGAAGGUCUUAUCCAGGGCAUGUACAGCCAGCCACAGCGAGCUUUACACCAGAAGGAAGCGUAAAGCUCCUGUUUUUUCCCUCUUUUGUGAGUUUUAAAGAACAAACUGGCUGGUCUUUUUAUGUGAUCUUAUGGAUGAUGAUUCCCACCGCUGCCAUCUCGGUGGAGAUCAUGUUAUUAUGCUACAUGAGUCUGGACGGACAAACCCUGGAAGGGCAAUUCCUGUUAAUUUUAUGGACUUCCAAAAUUAAUGUCAGGAGGGCUUUUUUGUGUUAUAGAUGAAGCACAUCCAUCCAUGCUGUCCCAGGCGCUGUAUAGCAAGGGUUGUAGUAUGCAGACUAGUCGUAGGCCAAGCUCACUUCAGCAUUGUGUUUUUUGGAUUUCUGUUCAGAAAAAUUGAAAAAAAACUAUCUGUUUAAAUCCCCAUUUGUUUGAAAGGGAUAGUUGUGUCACUUCUGUCAGGUUUCAGUUAUUGAUGGAAGAAAAAGUCCUGUCUUGCACCUUUUCUCCCCUCAACAAUAACUGGAAACUGAACAUAAAUGACACUCAGAGUAAAGGUCCAUUCACACAUCCGCAAAACAUGGACACCGGCCAUGUGCGUUCUGCAUUUGGCGGACCGCACAUGUCCGGCACUUUAAUAGAAAUGCCUUUUCUUGUCUGUGUCUGUGGAAAAGAAUAGGAAAUGUUCUAUUUUUUGUAGAACAGAAGUGCGGGUGCGGACAGCACAUUGUGUGCUGUCUGCAUCUUUUCCGGCCCCAUUGAAAAUGAAUGGGUCCGGAUCCAUUUUGCGGACGUGUGACUGGACCCUAAAGCGGAUUCGUUUUUCUUAUUUUUCUGUUCCAUAUUUCUGAGAUAAAUAUGGAAAACGCAAUGCUGAUGUUAACUUGGCCUUCAUGUACGUUUAGAAGAAGGAACUGAAUUUCCAGGAUGGUCUUGCACUGCGCCCAAUGUGCUCAUGCAGCGUCUUCAAAACCAUUUAUAGUUGUUGGCACAUGAUGUCUUAAAUUGUUCAUUUGCACAUGCCCUCCUCAAUGUACCUACCUGCAAGCAUGUGGUCACGUUUCAUAGAGAUGAUCUUUUGUCUUGUUAAAGGGUGAUAUAUUAAUCUGCCUGAAAGAAGCCAUUUGUAUGCACAGAAUGUUAAUCCGCAUUUUCAGGAAUUCUGUAUAUAACUCGUAGGUGCUACAAUUGGCUGGGCUCCCAGGAUGCACUUUGACUUGGAAUGCUCUGCCUGACCACAUAUCCACAGUUUUUUUUUUUUUCUUUUUAGUGGGGUUUUACAUUAUUUUAAAUCUUACAGAAAUACUAUUUUAGACAUUAGAGCGAAUUUCAAAGCGGACUGAUAUAUUUGCAUUCAUUAAUGAUUUUAGUCGAACCUACAGAGAUGAACUAGUGGGUCUUAAAGGGUUCCAAACAGUUGUCUUAUUCACAACAUAAAAUGAACAGAAUUUGUGCCACUAUGAAUGUCGCAGGUGUAUGCAGUAACUGGUCUAUCAUGUGGACGCUAAGGUAGCACUUUAAAUUCACCUGUAAAUUGACUCUUAUAUGUUGUGUUAGUGUUUUUUUUGUUUUUUUUUAUUUGCUUGUGUAUGGGACUAUACCUUGGAUUCUGUACAUUUUAGACCACCACACGACUGUUUGGCUCCUCCAAAGUCUGAGCCAUCUAUCAUACUUGUGUCAGUGACCUCACAUAUCAGAAAGAGGUCUAGGAGAGAUAAGGGAACUGCCAAGUAGAUUUCUUCCAUUACUCUCUAUAGACUUCAUUGGAGACCACUAACUGAACUUGUACAGCAAGAACAGUGCCGAUUAUGUCCUACAGGAACCUGUUCAAUCCAUGUUACCCAUGUCUCUGUGGAUGUCCUCCUUCAUAGAGAUUGUAUUGUUGUUGGAUCUCGCCAACAAAAUGAUAGUGUUUACGAGCAUCUUUAGACUGUUUCCUAGGCAUGAUGCUGAGAAGAUUAAGGGUAUGUCCAGAUGCAGAUUUUCUUCCACAGAUUUUUGUACGGAAGAUCUGCAGCAUUUUGCCGUAGCAGUAAUCGUUAAUUAUUAACAAUAAUUAGUUUUCCCUUAGUCCUACCAGUCCCCGUGGACUGGUAGGACCAGCGGAAUUUUUUAUGACCCCAAACAAUAAAACACUUAAGCAUCCCCUAUAAAGGAGGGAAUCACCUCCAGCCCACUGUGUUAUAGCAAGAAAACAACUAGCCUUACUAGGGUGGGAUAUUUGUGUGUUGCUGUUAGGACUAAGGGAAAACAAAUUAUCGUUAGGAAUUAACGAUUCCCUUACGUACUACCAGCAGCACAGAUGGGAAGAUAGCAAGAAGAACCCCUAGGGAGGGCCCUCAUGCUUGGCAGAAUCAAGUAUAGUCUGCCCAAAAGCCGAGUAUUCAGCUAAUCUGGCAUCCAGUCUAUAAUGGGAGAUGAAUGUUGAUUCAGAGCUCUAGGAGGCAGACUUGCAAAUCAUGUCGAGCGGAAGAAGACUCCUCUCGGCAAAAGAAGUAGCUACAGCCCUGGUAGAAUGGGCCUUCACAAACCCCGGAGGGUCUAGAGAUUGGGAAACAAAGGAUUCCCUAAUAGCCUCCUUAAUCCAUCGACUGAUGGACGGCUUAGAUGCCUUACGGCCUUUAAACUUACGGCAAACAGGAUUAGAAGAUUUUCAUCUCUCCUGGGGGGGGGGGGGGGUGGAAGGUGUAGAAAAAAACGGGAGGGAUAUCACCUGGUUGAUAUACUGGAACGAAGGAACCUUAGGCCUAAAGUACGGGAUAAAUCUUAAAAGGACCCGGUCUUGCAAAACGAUGGUAUAGGGCUCAUGUGCUGAGAGAGCUUGAAGCUCAGAGACCCUCUUGGCCGAAGUCACUGCAAGUUAACCCCAUCUGUGCUGCUGGUAGGAUGUAAGGGAAACUGGAUGACAUUUUUAAAAAUCUUAUCCACAUGCUGCAGAAAGCGUCUGCACCCACUCUGUGCAUAACUUGGCAUGUGGGCAGAUUUAGUGUCUUUGAAGGUGGAGUUUGUCUUUUUUUAGGCCACUUGUGACCAGUUAUGAAAGCUUUGCUUAAAGUUACUAAGCAGGAGGAAUUCAGGGGAAAUGUUCAGCUCCGAGGAUGAUAAUGCAUAGACAUUAACAUAAAGGGUGGAGUAUACUGUCCUGUAACUUCAUGGUGAGGGUAAUAGUUAAGGUGAAGCAUGCAGCUGCAAACCUAUGGCUCUUCUUGUGUUUUUCUGAGUUGAAAGGUUUUAUGGGCAAAAGCAACUUAAAUUCACCUAAGCUGCCCCCUCCAAUCCAGCACUGCUACUCCUUCAUCUUCCCCAAGCUGCAACUGUGAUGUCCCGUAUACCACUGAAGCCAAUCACUAGCCUCUGUGGUGUAUGUCACAAGAUUGUUGAGGCUGUUGGUUGGCUGCAGUGAUAUAUGAGAUGCCACCGCUGCAGCCAACACCAAUGUCACAGACUGAAAGGAUGGAGCAGUGGUGCUGGAUCAGAUGGGGCUCCAGAAGGUAAGUUUAAGUUGUUUUAUUAUUUUAUGAGCCUACCCAUACAAACUAUGCAAGUCAUCUAGCCAGCAAGUUGCAACAAAUUCUGUAGAAUAAAAAACUGCUCAGCCCUUUAAUCCCCUGCUGAUCCAGCACAGAUGUAUCUGUGGUCCCUCAUCUUAGCUUGCGUACGGCCAAGUGAUGAUGCCAGUAGUAUAGCACAUGACCUCUGAGUGCUGCAUCCAGUGAGUGGCCUCAGUGGUCCUACUACUGGCGUCAUCAUUUGCUUGAUAGCUUGUAAAUGAAGACAUGUGGAAGACCGCCAAUGCAUCAGUACUGGAUCAGCAGAGGAUUAGAGGUGACUGAGUGAGUAGUGUUUCUUUUUAUAUGCCCCAAGGGUUCGGCAACUCGCAUGACACAAGCAGAGCAUUAGCAUAAUCAUUUUCUCAUGCUGACAAGAAUGUAUUUUUAAUGCAAAUGUUCAGUAAUGGUUUUAUUAUGGAAACCAUGUUAAUACAUCCAUAUCCUGACCUGACAUUACAGUGUAUACAUAGCUAUUAGGCAGACCUAUUGACAACAAUUAGCGUUGUCUCAUGGCGGAAGAAUACAGUCAUUUGGGCUAUUGUGAGCCCAAAUUGUUGGCUAGGGUUCCAGAGUUGGAGCCUGCAGCCUUCCAGUAUGUCCAUCUCUUCUUUUAGUAGGGUAGGGUUGAUUGUACAAGCCAAGCUUGGUUACUGCCGUAAAUAAAUGUUUGGUCACCUUUAGGCUUGUGGACCCUUUUUGUCAAUGACGUUAUCGAUGAGUAUUUAAAGAAGGCCUCCACCCAAACCUGUUUUUUGCCACUUCAAUCGCCUGUAUGGAAUAAGCCUAAAUGCUGCACUAUCCAAAAGACACCGUCGGGCUCUUCUUUAAAGUUUACAUAAAACCUAUUCUAAAUGUCAUAAAAUCUAUAUAUGUAAUAUACUUGUUUUUUGCUCUUACGUUUUCUUUGUGAAAUGGGCACCUCUAGCACUUUGGAAUCCGUACACUGGUACACCACAGACAUGUCAGCGGUGUACGGAUUCCACUGCGGUGCUACAGUGAGCGAGCACUGUACAGGCAGGAGCACAUGUCGCUGCUGCUCCUGCCUGCGCCCGCUUCGCUAUGCAGAGCACUGAUCUGUUAGGCAAGGCUUUAGUUGAGCAGGCGCAGCCAGCAGCAGCAAUGUACUUUGCCGAGCUCCUGCCUGAGCUCACUCCGCUCUGAUAAAAGCUUUGCAUACCUCAUCGAUGCAAGUACCGGUAUAUUAUAAAUAUAAAUCUUAUCAUAUUUAGGGUAGGUUUUAAUAAAGUUUAGGUACAUUUUAAGCUUUUCCCAUGGAUUUAUAUGCCAUAUGUGCAUUUACAUACCAUUCUGUUACCUUCCAUAGUGCUUAAUUGAGUGCAUGUUGUGUAAACUAUAGCAGAAGUCCUUACAUUACAUAUUAACAGUUUGUCCUGUUUAGAAUUGGUAAUCAAAUUUUCUGCUCAUGUUUGACGUACACCAGGUUUGUGAUUGACUUUGAUAUGUCAUUUGCAUAAUCUGUGGGUGGAUUACUUAUAGCUGUCCUAACUCUUUCUGAUUAUAGCUCUGCUUACAUUAAUACUAAUAUUAAAAUAUGUUAUGCUUUGGCUAAAAGACUAUAUCUAUUGACUUUAUCUUAGCCACGUAUUGUUAUAAGCCACCUUUUUGGACAGACUGGCUUACAGUCUAGUAAGCUGCAGAUGUGUGGGCAGAUCAGUGGACAUGUCCCUGGGUACAAGCCUUUAUAUGCACUUUCAACACCCGGUGCAUUCAUUGACUUGCAUUGUUUAUGGAUGCAUGAUCAAACAUUUUGAGCGCCCUGUAAUGUCUUAAAAGAGGUUCUACCAUAAGAGCUCAUGACUUAUUCCCCAGGUUCAUUGGUUAGUAUAUUAUUGACUAACCAAAUUUGACUGAUGGGAACCCACCGGUCAGAGUGGUUAUCACACAUGCUCCAUUCAUCACUAUAGAACUGCUGAAGGAAACUACUACAGCACUGUCUUCAUCAGUCCAUAAUGAUGAAUGGAGUGGCAGCAUAUGUGAAGAUUUCUCUGAAGACUGCAGGACCCCAUUACCUUGAUUGGUGGUAGUACCUGCAGUUGGACCCCCAACAAUCAGGUAUUUACCACCUAUCUUUAUGGUGGGACAAACCUCCUUUGAUGCCUGUAAGACUUAAACAGGUUACUAAAAAUGUAAGGGGCUGGCCACUUUCUGGUUACUGUUGACAAGUGUGUAUGUAAGAUGACAAUAUGACAUUCACUAAUAUAGCCUUGGUUGAUAUUGUGUGCCGUUUGCUAUGUUUCAUAAGCCAUGUCCCCUUAUUGGGCAAAUCUUAUGUGAUGUCUGCAUAGAGGUCCUGUCUAUAAUGUGGCUGCCGGUGAAGCGUCAUGUGACCAGAUCCCUCACCCUUCUCCAUUUAAACUGCAUCUGUGCUAAACUUCCAACAGUGCAAGAGCAAAUGUCAUGUGCAGUGUGCUUGAAUGCAGGAGACUAAGGGUACUUUCACACUAGCGUUAUUCUUUUCCGGUAUUGAAAUCCGGUAAAGGGUCUCAAUACCAGCUUUGUCCUAAUCCAUUGUGAAUGGAAAGCAAUCCGUUCAGUAUGCAUCAGGAUGUCUUCCGUUCCGUCUUUUGUACGGUAUUUGACCAUUUUUUUUCCCUGCCAAAAUCCCAGAACACUACCGCACUUGCCGAAUCCGGAAAUUGCCGGAUCUGGUUUUCCGGUCUGCGCCUGGCCGGGACAUGGAAGGAGGUAUUUUUGCUUUUGAUCUUUUAAAAAAUAAAUAAAAACCAGAUCAGUUAUUCCCAAUUAUACCAGAUGAGAUGGAUACGGAAAAAACAGAUUUCUGUUUGCAUACAGUUUGCCGGAUCCAGCAGGUAGUUCCGUUGCCGGAACUGCCUGCCAGAUCCGAACAACGCUAGUUAGUGUACCUACAUUUUAUUGACAGGACUUAUGCCCGGAAAGCACAAAAGACUAGGCCAACAACCGGGCAUACUUUAUGAAAUAUAGAAAAUCCCACCAAAUUUCAACUGAGACUUUAUUAGUAUAUCAUAUAAUCAUCUUACAAACACGUUGGUCAACAAAACCUAGAAAGUGACCAGACCCUGCAAUAAAGCACGUAUAAUAGUUUAGAUUUUCUGAUGUGGUGUAGUUGCUGCUUCAGAACACAUAAAGAGCAGGUAUCAUGAAGAACACCCUCUAAAUAAACCAGUGUGCCAAAGAUUGUGCUCACUGUACGUAAGCUAGUGCCUCUGAGCCCAAAUGCAAUAGGGUUAGUGUCUUCUUGUGAUGUGCCAAGAAGGUCCUCUUUUCAAGGCCUCCUUCAUCUUCUUACAGAUAACCUAAGAGUAAAGCAUUUUUUUUGUUACAGAUACCAUUUACAAACUGUAAAGUUGAUUCAGCAACUGAUAAUUUGAAAGGCUUUCUACCUGCAUAUAGGUUAGGACGUACAGGUGGUGCACCUCAUAGUCAAUCCAAUCUGAGAUUCUGGUUAUGUGGUUGUAUCCCGGACUUAUGAACUAAUCCACUAAGAUUUAGCAACAAGUCAUUGCUGGGAAGACUCCCUUAGUAGCGCUGUAUCAAUGCAUGAAAUUGAAUAUUUGUUUUCCAUCAUUUAUUGUGUGUAUGAUUUCUCUAAAGAUGAAAAUGUACUAUUCUAUGGCGUUGACUAAGCUAAAACCUACAAUUCUAGAAUAUUACUCAGCCGCGUUCCAUCAUUGCACCCAAUCCAUUAGGAUCCUGAAUGUCUCCUGUGUUCAGUUUAUGCUUCUAGUGUAAUUGAAACCUGUAGCAUAGCACAUCUCGAGAAUGCUACAGAUAUCCAAGGACAACCAUAGAACAAUGAGCUCGAUGCAUGUUAUAUUCUUGGAUAAUGUAUAACUUGUGACACUCCACUAGAAAGUGCACUUUCAGCUGGGAAUAAACAAAGCUGAUCGUAGACCUCAUAAUAAAGAAAAGUAGAAAAAAUACAUCAAAUUCUGGUAUAAUAAAGCAAAUCCAUGGUUUUAUUGCAGUAGCCCCAACCUGGAUAGAAAACCAGCAUUUUACACAUUUAGCUAUGAAAAUAUUUAAGGGCAUCUGUCUGCAGAUUUGUACCCAUGAAACUGGCUGACAGCUGAAGCCAUCUGUGUUGGUCACAUGUUCAUACGUAUGUGCCCACAUUGGUGAGAAAAAAGUUUUUAUAUAUGCUAACGAGCCUCUAGGAGCAAUGGGGGCUCCGCUUUCUCUGCAGCCGCCACACCUUCUGCACUUUAACAGGGCCAGGUGUGAUGACGUUUUCCGAGAGUGGGCGGCAGUUGCAGAGAGAGCAGAGGCUCUAGGUGAAAUGGCAACGUCCCCGUUGCUUCCAUAAGCUAAUUUCCAUAAAAUAAAAACAAAGCUGCCAAGUGUACAUGUAACAGAUUAGCCAGUUUUAUUGCUACAAGUUUGCUGACAGAUGCACUUUAAAGGAUAAGUGUCAUAUUUUCAUAAAAAAAAUCUAUUUUAGCAUAUGUUACUGCUGCAGCAGCAUUAUGCAUAAAGCAAUCUUUAGUUUCUUCACUUACCACUGUUU